GUGUGCGGAUUCCCCCCCAGGGUGCAGUGGAGCUAGCGGUCACACCUUCCGGAUAUACCGCCUUCUCGUUUCAUUCUUUACUUGAACUCUUUUUAAACCUGUUAUUUUAGUCAGUUUUAGUGUCGGGAACAUAUUUGUAGACCGUAUUUUCGGUGUUGUGUUUGAGAAAGCAGAGGAGGAGGAGGAGAAAGAGGAGGAGUAGAAGUUCUCGGCUCAUUUCCUCCUCCUCACCCACUUCAUAUGAAAACAUGGUGCAUAGGCAGGUGCGGAUUUGAUUUCACAUUAUUCGCUCGUUUUCUGCUCCCUAACCCCACCAUGAGCCAUGUACAGUGUUUGCGGAUUAUCUGUGGACUGAUUUAACAUCUGCUUUUGCUAACUGUGAAAUUUUUUUCUUCCUUUUUUUGGGGUCAGUCUGGAAUUUUCUUGGUUUCAGUUGGCGCUUUAGCUUAGCAUUAUCGCUGCAUCCCUUUUCUACCGGCCCGAAACUACACACAGGCCACAGCGAUGCGGACUUUACUACAGCCUUAAUUUCUCUGGGGAAGAAAAAAAAAAAAAACCAUUUCGGUUUAGUGAAGGAAAGGAGCUUUACAUAUUUUAUGGACGUGACGGAUAGCUAGUAGCCGCUUCUCAGAGCAAGGGGAAAAAUGCUGAAUUCGAGGCGGCUGUUGCGGCUUUCCAACCGCUCCUUCUUGGCCUUCAUUUUUUUCUUCUCCAUGUCUACGACCUGUCUCUACUUCAUUUAUGUGGCCCCUGGAAUAGCCAACACAUACUUCUUCAUGGUGCAGGCUCAGGGUAUAAUGUUACGUGAUAACGUGCGGACGAUUGGCCAGAUAAUCAGAUCAUACACCAAUAAGAACAGCACUCUGAAUGGCACAGAUUAUCCUGAUGGGAACAACUCCAGCGAAUAUUUUGCUCAACCAACUACAUACCUCCCUGAGAAUUUCACCUAUGCCCAGAACUUGCCCUGCCCUGAACGAUUACCUUCUAUGAAGGGUCCUAUGGAAGUAAAUAUGACCGAGGUUCCUAUAGAGGAGGUGGAACUGCAGCUUAGACAGCUGGGCAUUCAGUUUGGGGGACACUGGAAGCCCAAGGACUGCAAACCACGCUGGAAGGUGGCUAUUCUGAUCCCCUUUAGGAAUCGUCACGAACAUCUUCCCAUUCUGUUUCAGCACCUUGCUCCCAUGCUCCAACGGCAGCGCUUACAGUUUGCAUUUUAUGUAAUUGAGCAGGCAGGUACGCAGCCUUUUAACCGAGCCAUGCUUUUUAACGUGGGUUUCAAGGAGGCAAUGAAAGACCUGGCCUGGGACUGUGUGGUUUUUCACGAUGUCGAUCAUAUCCCUGAAAAUGACCGGAAUUAUUACGGCUGCGGGCAGAUGCCUCGUCACUUCGCCACAAAGCUCGACAAGUACAUGUACCUUUUGCCCUACAGUGAGUUCUUUGGAGGAGUGAGUGGGCUUACAGCAGAGCAGUUCCGCAAGAUCAAUGGUUUUCCCAAUGCAUUCUGGGGCUGGGGAGGGGAGGAUGAUGACCUCUGGAACAGGGUGCACUUCGCUGGCUUGAAUGUGACCAGACCUGAAGGAGAUAUUGGUAAAUACAAGUCAAUUCCCCAUCACCACCGAGGAGAAGUGCAGUUCCUGGGAAGGUACAAGUUGCUGAGGUAUUCUAAAGAAAGGCAAUAUUUGGAUGGCCUAAAUAAUCUCCAGUAUUCUCCGGAAAUCUCUUUAAGUAGUCUGUAUAAGAACAUCACUGUUAACCUGAGCCCUGAGCUUGCCCCCAUAGCGGAGUACUGACACCUGUCUCUCCAUCCUCUCCACCUGGCCAUCAGUACCUGAAGACGACCGACCCAGCAUCGUGGAGAAGAGUGUGGUCUGAACAUCGCAUACGGCCACCAAGUAACCUUAAACCCAAGAGACAAAAGGUUAAAGGCCCGAAUACUCAAAUGAUUGUGCGUGUGUGAAGUCAUACCUAUGUUUUUGUGAGCGUGUGCGUCCCAAUGCAUGUCUCUGUUUAUGCGGCUUUAGCUACUCAAAUCACAUCAUGCUACGAAAAAAAAGGAGGAAGGAGAAAUUGGGGUGUGUCAGUGUCAACUAUUCAAAUGUUUACUGCGAAGCCUUAACUGAUUUUCAUAGGCUGUUAUCACUCUGAGUGUCGGUUCUCAUCCAUGCCAACAAUGUAGACUGCUCAGUUUUACAACUCAACAGCAACGUAAAUGCCAAUAGCUAUUUUAUGGCACGUUUUGUAUCAUAUUGUAGUAUUUUAAUGCAUAUGAUGAUUUAUGUAUGUACUGUAAAUGGUCUUUUUUUUGGCCUUCCUUAUUUAUUAUUAUUUUUUUUUUUUUUUAGUUUCUUGAGAUGUACUUUUGAGCACUCCAGUGGUGUGUGUAAUGUGAGCGUCACGUUUUCUUUUGUGGGCUGUGAGUGCACGAAGGAUCACGACUGCUCACUUGAUCCUGUAAUGUCAUACAUCAUUCCAGUGCACAUACUCUUACUUUGGCAGCUAACUGUCUUUUCAUUAACCCUCUACUCUGUCUUUCCUUAUACAAAUGGACGCUUCAACUUAAGGACUAAAGACAAAUGAAAUUGGGAUGAGUGGUCUAUUAAACAAAACACCAAUAUCAGCUGCAUGCCUUAUGUUUUUGCCAGGCUUUCUUUUUUUGUAUAUCAUUUAAUGUUUUUUUUUUUUUUUUUUGUGCACUGUAACAAUGAAAAUGAAGAAAAGAUAUCUUCUUUUCUUAUAUAAAAGAGGGGAGGAAAAAAUUUUAUUGCUGGUCAUUCACUCGAAGAAUUGCUGAGCAGUCGGGUACACAGCUGCUAAAUGCUAAAAUACUAUAAUUGUGCGUGUGUGUGUGUGUGUGUGAGUGAGAGAGAGAGCGAGCGAGAGAGCGCGUGAGAGAGAUCCUCCAGCUGUGCAUAUGAAGUACCUUGUGAUGUUGCACUCUAGUCAUAAAAUAAGUUGGGCCUGGAUGAGAGAGUGAUGUCAGUGUUACUCUUGAAUGGCAUCAGAAUAGAGUUUGGGCAAUGAAGACUUUAUGCUGUUAAAGUUUUGAGCUGUUGAUUGGUUGUGCUUUUCUUUGUACAUGUUGAUUGCCUUUGUAUAUACAGCCUCAUGUUGAAGAUGAUGUAUCAUAAUUUGGUUUAUUUUUAUGUGGUAAUUUUUUUUUUUUUUUUUUUUUUUUUUUGGGUUAGUGAUCCAUUUUGUUAAUUUAUAUCUGUCCUAAAUAGAAAUCUGGUAUUGAUAUUCUUAUACUCCCUGUGUGUCUGGUUGUGUGUGUCUGGGAGUGUGUGUGUGUGUGUCUGGGAGUGUGUGUGUGUGUGUGUGUGUGUGUGUGUGUGUGUGUGUGUGUGUCUGGGAGUGUGUGUGUGUGUGUGUGUGUGUCUGGGAGUGUGUGUGUGUGUCUGGGAGAGUGUGUGUGUGUGUGUCUGGGAGAGUGUGUGUGUGUGUGUCUGGGAGAGUGUGUGUGUGUGUGUCUGGGAGAGUGUGUGUGUGUGUCUGGGAGAGUGUGUGUGUGUGUGUGUCUGGGAGAGUGUGAGUGUGUGUGUCUGGGAGUGAGUGUGUGUGUCUGGGUAUGUGUGUGUGUGUCUGGGUAUGUGUGUGUGUGUCUGGGUAUGUGUGUGUGUGUCUGGGAGUGUGUGUGUGUGUGUCUGGGAGUGUGUGUGUGUGUGUCUGGGAGUGUGUGUGUGUCUGGGAGUGUGUGUGUGUCUGGGAGUGUGUGUGUGUAUACUUGGAGAAGCAAGUAUCCCCUUCCACUGAAGUCAGAGCAUAUCAGCAGUGCUGUUUGUGGCACUAGCUUUUCUUUCCCCUGUAACACUGACAUGUUCAUAGCCCUAAUUCUGUGUUCUCUAAUCCUGAAGCUCACUGAUGCUCAGGAUAAUUCCUUCUAUUUCCCAGCUUGCACAGGGUCAUGUAGUGCACUGAGACUUGUUCUGUGGUUCCUCCGCUCUGAGCUGUUGCGUUUUCAGGAUGUGUCUUGUGUGUCCUUGUUUUGUGUUCAAGCAAAGGCCUUUGUGUGUUGUUCUCUAAGACCAGGCUGAGCCAAUGCUCUCUGAAGAUAUUUGUGUGCUGAAGCAUGCUUGUACUCUGUAGACCCAAGUUUCUUGUUUACAGAUUUCUUCUCUUCUUAAACUUGCAGACUGAAGUCUAUGUUUGAUCAUGCCUAGUUGCUAUGGUUCGAGGUUAUAUGAAUACACUUUUGACCAAUGGGGGAAGGAAUCUGAAAGCAUAUUUAUGAAAUAGGGUUUCAGAAGUGAAGGUUAAUACUACAGUGAAGAAGAUUAGAGGUGCCAAAGUCCCACUGUGCCCUUGUGUGAAAACUUUUCCUUCCCUUUCUUUGUCUUUUUUAAUCCAAUCCUUCACUCGCAUUGCUUGUAAAGCUUUCUAUUUUCACCAGUGUUGAGGUCUUAAAAUUGAGGUUGAUUUGGUACCUUAGGAGUUUCUGUCUGAGAGUGAUAGUAGCUUGUUAAAAAAGGAUUAGUUUGGUCCAAGAAAAACAUUACAUAACUAACUAAACAUUAAACACUGCACCUAAAUUUGACAUGCAUCAAAUUGAACACAUUCAUUUUAAUUAAUAAACUCACACCCCUUUAGCUGUUUAGUUGGAGAACUGAGUUUUUCAUUCAAUGUGUUGUGGAAGAAAUGAACAUCAAGGAAAAUGCGUUGUUAUGACAACAUAUUAUAAGUGACUGGCUGACUAGCAGACAGUGUUCUGUGGUGGAUGCUGGUCAGACAGUGGGCAACAGUAUUUCAUUUAAAUACAGGAGAUCUUGCAUUCUCACAUUGUAACACAAUGUGUGCAUCACUUAGACUUGGUCUGAAUGAUUAUUAUCUGUUCAUCUUCAGUCCUUUCAUGCAUAAAUGUAGUGAACUUUCGUCUAUAGAACCAAAAAUGAAAGUUACAAACUGUAUUUAAAAAAAAAAAGUAUCUUUACCAAGGUGCUUGCAAUGUGCAAAGUGUGAAAUCUUGUUAUUAAGCUACUAGCAACUUUUAUGAAAUUCAUCACAAAUGACUUAUGGCAUUGUUAUUGUAUUAAAAAAGAUGAGGUUUCCCACCUCGGGAGGUUUUUAAGCCUUCUGUCUUAGCCCUGUAUUCCUAAUUUGGCUUAUGCUCGGAGUGUGUUGUGUCCAAAAUUUUUGAACCUGUGACCCGUUUUUAGUUAGUUACCAUCAUGAGGUGGCCUAGGUUUUAAACAGUUUCAUCUCAAAAAGUUUUUAUUUAAAAAUAAAUUGCACCCCAUUCCUUGUCCCUGUGUCUUUGAAAUGAUUGAAAAAUAUAGAUUUUGAAACAUGUAUUCUCAUUUACAGAUUGUCAUAGAGUGUUACGUUUUUUUGCAGUAUUCAUAUUUGUGCCUUGAGUUCUUUUCUUUACACAUUUGCAUUCAUGAUUGACAGUUGCAGUGAGGUGGCUGUUUUGGUCUUUCUAAAAUGAAAAUAAUAUCGAGUGCACAUUUAUUUUUCAGAAGUAUUUAAUUUAAAUCUGGAUUUAAAUGUGUAGUCUUCUAAAACAUUAAAAACGAAUGAAUUGGAGCAGAAAGCCAGGGGACCCUUUCCUCUGUGUCUCGUACUGUUUUUCAGGGUCCAUGUUGUUUUCUGCAGCACUCUUUUUGGAAAGGGGAUGAGCGAUAUUGACUGCUUUGACUGAUGUGUACAAUCCUGAUGUUCCUUUUUUCCCCCGUUUUUCCGGUCUCUUUACUGUUACCGGUUUGCUCACUGCGAUACACUCUGUAAUGACCAUUAAAAGAGUUUAUAGUUGAAAA